CGAGCGGGCCCCCAUGGCACCGACUUUAAACCAUCCCGUGAUGAAUCAAGAAAGGGAUAUUUAAUUUUUCUUCGUACGAAUUUCAGACAAAAAUAGAAUAGAGAACGGGCAAAGGAGGAAAUGAAUGGGCCGCCGGAGAACGAUCUUUGCUCGAUAUGUCAUUCCCACUUCACUGCACCUUGCCAAGCCAAUUGCUCUCAUUGGUUCUGCGGAAAUUGCAUAAUGCUUGUGUGGAGGCAUGGAUCUACACUACAGCCAUGCAAAUGCCCCUUGUGUCGUCGUCCCAUAAGUUUGCUUGUUCCUACAGAAGACACUAUCAGAAACCGUAGUGACUCUUCAGUUUCUGAGGUUCUUGCUAAUCUUGAAACCUACAACCGAUACUUUGGUGGACGAUCAACUAGUUUAAUUCAGAGGAUGCAAGAUCUUCCCUUCUUACUUCGAAGAUUGUUGCGAGAAAUGAUGGAUCCUCAAAGAACCCUUCCUCUUGUCAUCAGAGCUCGAGUUUAUAUCGCAAUGAUUCUCAGUGUUGUUUACAUAGUCAGUCCAAUAGAUAUCAUUCCAGAAGGAGUUCUUGGGGUAGUCGGUUUGCUUGAUGAUCUACUCAUAGCAUUGAUUUGUUUCCUCCAUGUUGCUGCUUUGUACCGCUCGGUUCUCUAUUUCCGUCAUACCGGUUCCUGAACCAAUAAAUGUUUUUGACAUUAUGUGCCUAUGUUUUGUCUUUGUCUUUGAUCACUUAACCUUUAGACAUGAUCGUGUUCUGUUUUGACUAUGGAAACUGAAAUGGGUGA